AUGGGCAAAGUCGGACGUAUUGCGUGCAUUGCCACGCCCAUGGCGCUGUCGCUGGCAGCCUGGAUCUGCCUGAUUCUUGUUUUCCUGGGCAACUGGAACAAGAGCGAUGGCAACCUUACUUCCAUCUACUUCAUGAAGGCCGAUAUGUCGAAAUUCAGAAGUAACAUUUCCUCGCUCUCGUCGAUAAGUAUAGCCGGCACCGAUAUCGACGAUGAGUUGCUCGCUGCUCUCACCGUCAGCGCCAACGAGAACCUGAGCGACAUCUACACCGUCGGCAUCUGGAACUACUGCAGCGGCGACAAGAACUCGAGCGGCAUCGACUACUGCUCGGGCCGCAAGGCCUCCUACUGGUUCAACCCCGUCGAUGUCUGGGGCCUGAACAGCACCGGUGCCGAGGACUUGAUCCCCGAUAAGCUGGAGUCCGGCCUCAAGAUCUACAAGAAGGUCGCCAACUGGAUGUUCGCCGCCUACACCGUCGCUUUCUUCGCCACGCUCGCUGAGAUCCUCGUCGGCAUCCUGGCCAUCUUCUCGCGCUGGGGCAGCUUCAUCACCACCAUCGUCGCUUCGGUCGCCACCAUCUUCACCAUCGCUGCGUCCAUCACGUCGAGUGCACUCUACGGCACCCUCGUCGGCACGUUCAACUCGGUCUUCAAGGAGUACAACAUCAAGGCUGAGAUGGGCGGCAAGAUGAUGGGCAUCACGUGGUUGGCCGUCGCCUUCUCAGUCGCUGCCGGCCUGUUCUGGGUCCUGUCGACGUGCUGCUGCUCGGGCAAGAGCGACCGCAGCGGCCGCAAGGUCACGGUCGAGAAGACUCCCUACACCUACGAGCGCGUUCACUCGCCCUUCGGCGGUGCUGGCGCCCAGCACCAGCAGCAGCAGCAGCAGUACGGCAACGUUCCUCUGAGGGAUAUGCAGGGCAACAAGGCUGGCACUGCGUACGAGCCCUUCAGACACGACAGCCGUGUCUAA